CGCAUUUUGCUUUGAUCAUAUCAGUCAAUUCAAGAUGAGGUUUCUAACAGUUGCUGUGAUGUUAGCUCUUGUUAUUUGUGCUGCCUGCAAAAAUCACGAGGAGUGGAAAGGUCAACGACCAGGAGAUUAUGAUCGCAGGCCGCCUUCGAAUCCCUAUGCCUAAU